UACGGUGAAAAUUCCUUGCGUCGAUGCAUUUAACAAAUAUAUGCUUGUUAGUCCCCCGUCUCAGAAACUACAAUCAAGAAUUGGUCUGAAGACGAGUAUAAUAAUAUUCUAUAUAGACAAGCAGUCAGAUACGCCUGAGAAAAAGGAAAUUCAAAUUUCAUUGCACUAACGUGAGCUAGUGAUGACAAAAACGGUAAUUGGCUCAACUAUCGUACCGGUGUGCGGUACCUAUCGGAAUUGGAAUCAAUGCUGGAAAAGAUAUUUGAGAAACUGCAAACAGUUUCAAAUUGUCCGCUCUUGCCAGCUGCGGAGGAAUUUCCCCAUUUCCCAGUUUGGUCACAUCGCGCUGUCGAAAGAAAAUUUUUUUCUUGCAAAGAGAAACAAAGCAAAGCAAUAGUCGAAAGUGAGAAAGACGAAAGAGGAGACAAAGGAGCGAAACGGAGAAAAUCAGAGAAGCAGCAAGCAGAGCAGGAAGGGGGAUUGGAUAGGAACUCGAAAGCAAUCGGCCAGGAUCGGGAACAGGAUGAACAACGGAUUCAGCACCGGCGAGGAGGACAGUCGCGGGCACACGGACCAAACGUGCUGCCUAAUCGACGACAUGGAGCGGUGUCGCAACCAGGCUGGCUACGCCAGCUACUCCAAGCGCAUCCAGAAGACGGUGGCCCAAAAGCGGCUCAAGCUCAGCAGCGAUCCGGCCGCGCAGCACAUUUACAUCUGUGACCACCACAAGGAGCGCAUCCAGUCGGUGCGCACCAAGCGUCGGCGCAAGGACAGCGAGGACGACAGCAACGAGACGGACACGGACCUGCACGAGUUCCCCGAUCUCUACCAGCUGGGCGUGAGCACGCUGCGACGCUACAAGCGCCACUUCAAGGUCCAAACGAGGCAGGGCAUGAAGCGGGCGCAGCUGGCGGAUACAAUUAUGAAACACUUCAAGACAAUACCCAUCAAGGAGAAGGAGAUCAUCACAUUCUUCGUGUACAUGGUGAAGAUGGGCUCGAAUAAGCUGGACCAGAAGAACGGCCUUGGCAACGACACCACCUGAAGGCGCGUCGGCGGGCGGAGGGAGGAGGAGGACGCCGACGACGUCUACUCCUUUUAACGCUGGCCAACUGCCGAUCAAAAGAAAUUAACAACCAAACUUCUCACAUUGUUGCUGCAUUUGCUGGACGUCGGCAUUGUUGACCAGAAUAGGGAUGAACGAGAAUAUUGAUAGUGCAAUGGCUCAUCCUCAUCCGUGUGACCCCCAAGAAACCCAAUCCUAUACCCAUAAGCCACCACUGCCCAAACCCUUAAGCCUUUCCCCCGACUCCCCGGAACACAAGUAAUAUGCGAAAAGUAAAACAGCAAUGAAAGAACGUAAGGAAGAAGGCAACUGGUGCUCCCACGAAAAACAAAACAAACAAAAAUUAAAAAUAAAUAAACUAGUAUGUUGCGAAAGUGAGUCUAAUAUUAAAAAAGAAAUUUACAAAAACUAUUUGUAGCCUUGGUCCGUUGUUAAUAGCUCUUUAUACACGCACUACAUUAAAUAAACUAUGUAAAUUUACAAGAGAAUUAACAGAAAACACAACACACUCAAUCAAAUAGCAAUUCGUAUUCUUAGGCUUAAAGACAUGUUUAUUUGAUCGUUUGUAUUAUACAUCAUGUUAAGUGAAGUGGGGCUCUGGCUAGACAUCAGUUAGUAGUAACCAGAUACUUUAAGCGAAUCAAAACACAAUUAGACUUCAAUGUGAAAGCAAAUUGAAUCCGGAAGCCAAUACCAAUUAUCGCUACAAACAGAGAAAUAACGAACGAAAUAAUUUGCAAUAUUUAAACUAAAACAUCGUGUCGUUUGCCCCGGCGGUUUGGAGAUAUAUUUAGAGCUCUAGUUUAAGCCUAACUUAGACGAACAUCGGUUCCACAAAUCAAUUGGAAUUACGCAUUAAACGAUUUAUGUUAAAGCCUAGACUGAUUUUAGCCAUACAUAUAAGCCUAAAUAAAACUUAAUAGAAAGC